GGUUCGGCUUAGAGUGGUUAGGGAAUACCGCAUAGCAAAAUCCGUACAUGCAUGCUACACAAUGCACAUUCCCCCCUUUUUAGAACUGUGAACGCCUUUUCUAGCUAGAGUCCUAGGUUAGGAGUGGGACUAGUGACAGGAACUAACCUCACCGGAACUAUGGAAUAAUUGCUGGAGAACUGGAAAAAUCCGGAACAAACCAGCCGAAAGCCACAAAGUACAUAGACAUGCUGGUCGGCUUUUGGGCUGUGUAAGCCUGCCUCUGGUUCGCCUUUGUUGGUGGUCGUCAAACUUUGUACUGGAGCACCGCGUGUACCUAUGAUAAACCAAAAAUGUCAUCAGCCAUUAACGACGGCACUCCGGCAUCCACUUUCCGAUUGAGCAAAGAAGCAGAUGGAUUUUCUUUCAGUUUCAGCAAUGACUCUGGUAUUGGUUCAGCCAGCAACGAGCCAAAGAAGUCUUGGCAUAAGAAAGCCAAAGAAGUGCCGAAGGAUAACGAUGGCGCAAGUCCGGAAGACGUACAUGAGACGCGAUAUGCCGGAAUCAAGAUGGAGCUGUCUCUGGAGGAACUGCACAUGAAAAACAACAAGGACGUGGUUAAUCCAGCUCGCCAAGCAUUGGCUGAUUUUCAGGUCGCCAAUCAGGCUGCCGAGAAAGGGCUGGACAAGCACCUUAUCCUUCUACCUCACCAGAUUACCGAUAAAUUUGCUGAAUUCCAUAAAAAAUUUGAUGAUUUUGGAUCUGAGGUGUUUGCCGUGAUGCAUAUGUUGCCGGCGUUUCUUAGCCGUCGUGCAGACCAUGCUCCAAUUGAACUGACCAUCGUGCGGGUGCGUCUGGCCACCGGAGUGGAAAAAGGAAUCUGCCAUUUGUUCCCGUCACCUCUGCCGUUGCCGCUCGGAAAAGUGGUUGAUUUCAAGGCUGGGCGCAAGGAAUAUCACGAGAUCGACGAGUUAUCGUUUGAGGGAUUCAACAGCGAUUAUAUUUGGAUAUUUUUCAAAAUGAUAACUACACUGAAUCCCCAUUGGCCCAUUAAGGCCGGCAGAGGACGUCCACCGAAGCUUCCAUUAACGGUCUGCAAGGAUUACCAAGUCCAGAAUACCAUUCGGAUGUUUCAGUACAUUCAUGAACGGGCUUUGAUGGCUCAAGGGUUGAAAUGCGCAACGGAAGCACCUAAAGACUUCAUCGUUCCUGCAACCGUUGAGAUUCCAUUUUGCACUUUGGAAAACUUUCAAACAGCGGUGCGAAGACUGUUGCGGGAAUGCAAUUUCAUUAAUGAAUCCCAGAUACUGGCGGAACCGGAUGUGACCCGAGUUAAUCACUGCGCAUUCCAUCAGACGACCAACAAGCUGACUUGUACAACUUAUUGCGUCAGCGAAAUGGUGGAGCAUAUGCUAACAUUGUCUUCUUUCUGGUCUGGCACCACCGUCCCAUCGCGAUUUGUGCAACCAUAUACGUCGGAAGAGUUUAUCGAUGAAACGGACGCACGUUCGUUUGAGUCGCCUGCCGAAUCACCAGUGUCUGAUAGCACUGACUCGGCCCAGGCCAAAGUCAAGUUUGCAAAGGUCAAGACGAUGCGGACAUGGAACGAGACAUCUAAGAAAUAUCAAACUGAAAAUGCUGAGGUCGGCGAAGAUUCUGAUCGGGCAUCGAUAUACAGCGAAAGCUGCGAGGAAAUAGCUAGUCAGUCGGGGCCAUGUUCGUUAUCAUUGGGUCGUGGGUCUAACAGCUUGAAGACAUCUUCGCAUAGCGAAGGCGACACCGUGUCCAAUAGUGAUACGAGCGUGCCGGUCAUUCGUUCACGUGCUGUGCGUCGUGCGCUGCGGGUGCCGAAAGCAGACGAAGUGGACAUACGUCCCACUGCUGACGUCUUGGAAGAACCAGCGACGCCAUCGCCCACUCCGAUGAUGGAUGUUGACGGUGCAGUCUCAGAAUGGGAUAGUGAUGAUUUAAACACGGAAAAUUUGGUGCAAGAGGACCAGGAACCCGCACCGAUGGUACCACGGGUUAGCUUCCGACGUCGUCUCCAUCGAGUGACCUGAAAAACGUUUGCCGGAAAUAAAGAUAUGGAAUGGCUCUAAGCCAAAUUUUGUGACCGGAAUGAAGAGUUAUUCCCAAGCUUCAGUACUUUCAGCUGCUUGGAUCAGACGUGGACAUAAUUAUACGAUAGUUGUGGCGUUUCGCAUAUCACUUAGAAAUUAUUGAUGGUAAAAUCGAUUGUGAAAUAGUUCUUGUUCGUGAAAAGGCUGGGACGAUAUUAAAUUGUUCGGUUGUUUUUCUUUUGCUGCCAGCUGUAGAAAUAAGCUCCUGAUCAUGCGUGAAACGGUCCUUAGACCUUAGGACAUUUCGUUUGUUAAUGCUCUUCCUUUUGGCGUAUCGCGUACGGUCCGUACUUCCGUUAGUUCGAAUUCUUGUUGAUAUUGUUCAAUGUUAACUAAUACAGUACGUUUGAGUUGAAAAUUAAA